GAUUCUUUAUAUUAUGAGCAACUGAAGUCAAAUGUGAUUCAACAUGAUCUUUUAAUUGAUAACCUCAUUUACAAGGAUGUGAAGCUUACAGCUAGCAAUGAUGACUACUAUUUUGUUUUUGAAGAUUAUUUGUAUCAGGUGCUAUUAUGCUUUUCUCGAGACACACUCGUUCUUGAUCAUUUCAGCUACAGCAGUGCUUCUCCCCCCAAGUCAUAUAUCAGAGGGAAGUUUGCAUUAGAAGAUUAUACUGUUGUAUACCCUCCAAAUGGUGUAAUUCCAUUCCAUGGAUUUGCAAUGUACGUUGCUCCACUCUGUUUUCUCUACCACGAGCCAUCCAAACUCUACCAAGUUUUCCGAGAGAUGUAUGUGCGAUAUUUCUUCAGGCUUCAUUGCAUCUCAUCCCACUCCUCAGGAAUUGUGUCACUUUGUCUGGUGUUUGAGACACUUGUUCAGACCUACCUUCCUCAACUCUUUUACCAUUUGCGCGAAAUUGGAGCACAGCC